CCCCAUUCCCCUCCAUCGCGAUCGCUUCGCUUCCGCCGCCUAGGGUUUUGCCUUGCAGCUUCCACUCCACACCAAUCGCCCCCCACUCCGACACCUCUUCAACCCGGCGAUCGGAUCGAUGGCGGCGGCGGCGGCGGCGGGUAAGGACAAGAUGCUGAUGCUGGUCAGCUGCGACAAGGAAAACUUCGAGGUGGAGGAGUCGGUGGCGAGGGAGUCGCGCACCAUCUUGCACAUGAUCGAGGACGGCUGCACCGACAACGGCAUCCCGAUCCCCAACGUCAACGGCAAGAUCCUCGCCAAGGUCAUCGAGUACUGCAAGAAGCACGUCGAGGCGCGCCGCGGCGCCGAUGGCGAUGGGGACGCCGCCGAGCCGACCGCAGCGACCAACAAGGCCUCCGAGGAUGAGCUCAAAACCUUCGAUGCCGACUUCGUCAAGGUCGACCAGGGCACCCUCUUCGACCUCAUCCUGGCUGCAAACUACCUGGACAUCAAGGGGCUGCUGGACCUGACCUGCCAGACCGUCGCGGACAUGAUCAAGGGGAAGACUCCGGAGGAGAUCCGCAAGACCUUCAACAUCAAGAACGACUUCACACCUGAGGAAGAGGAGGAAGUGAGGAGGGAGAACCAGUGGGCCUUCGAAUGAGGCUGAGGCUGAGGCUCUAACAACAGCAACCUCCAAUAACCAGGCCAGCGGGAAUGUGCUUCGUCAGGAACUCAGGAUGUCAUGAGUUUGGAGCAGCUAUAGACUGUCGCGGGUUUAACAAAUCGCUUAGAAGGUGUAUGUAGGUUCGGUUGGUUGUGAGCAGACUAUUUUGCUGACUCCAGUAAUUUUGGUGCAUUGGUGGAUGCUCUCUGGAUCGUUAAGAGGCCGGUUGGUUAUCAAGCAUUGCUGGCUAUUCCUCGUUCCCA